CUUGGCAGCAACGGCCAUCUGCCGCCUCUUUUAAUUUCAAACCGAGCAGAUUAUUUCCCACAGACUUCUAGCUUCACUUGACACAACCCUAACAGCGUCUCAGAGAGCAGCUGCGAAGAAAAAAGCAGCAGAGGAAAAGCCCGCUCUCCUCACAUUGCGCUCAGCCAAGGAGAGCCGGGGACGUUUGCAUGCAGCCCGUCUGCGGAGACAGACUGCGGGCUCAUAAAGACGAAGAGGAUUUGAAUUAAGCACCGGAUAACAGACAGCAACUGUGCAUCCUUCAGUGAGGGAGGGAGGGAGGAGAGGGAGGCAACUGUUUUGUAUCUUGGAAGCCCUGGGUGAGGAGAGGGGGAGGAGGAGCGGAGAAUGAGCUAUUCUUGUACCAGCAGGGGCAACAGCCAGGACCCAUCAAGCGCUAAGAAGCCUGCCGGUGAUAAUCCAGGCAGAGACGCCGCAGGCACAGACAGCAGCGCAGACAGCAGCAGUAACGGCAGCCCGAAGCAAACGGCGGCGAUGAAAGUGAAGAAAGGAUGCAACUCGACCGACGUCGGGGUCCCGGUGACCACGGAAGAGGACCUGCUCGCCAGCGCGAUGAUCACUCCGGAGGAUGUUCUGGGCUUGCAGAAGAUCACAGAGAAUUAUCUGUGCAGCCCGGACGAGAACAUUUACAACAUCGACUUCACCAGGUUCAAGAUCCGAGACAUGGAAACCGGCACAGUUCUGUUUGAAAUCACCAAACCUCCAUCCACAGAUAAAGCAGGAGAGAAGAGGGAUAUUGACCCAAACGCUGGCCGGUUCGUCCGUUACCAGUUCACCCCGGCUUUCCUCCGGCUGCGGCAAGUUGGAGCCACCGUUGAGUUCACGGUCGGAGACAUGCCCAUAGAAAACUUCAGGAUGAUCGAGAGACAUUAUUUCCGCGAGAAGCUGCUCAAGAGUUUUGACUUUGAGUUCGGCUUCUGCAUGCCCAGCAGCAAGAACACCUGUGAACACAUCUACGAAUUCCCACCUCUGUCUGAGGACAUCAUCAGAGAGAUGAUCCUGCACCCGUAUGAGACGCAGUCCGACAGCUUCUACUUUGUGGACAAUAAGCUGGUGAUGCACAACAAGGCAGACUACUCGUACAACGGUGGGACGUAGAGAUGACACACCAGCACGAGAGACAGGUGGAUGUACGGACUGACCUGAGGGACGAUCAGAGCACGCUGGUGGGGUUAACAUCCUGUCAAUCCAGUAAUCUCUUUCUCUUUCUCUCUCUUUCUCUCUUUCUCUCUCCGUCUUUCUCUUUCUCCUUCUCCCGUCGAGAGAAUGCCGUCCAGAAAACACCCAUACAGAUGUGUCGGUUACAGCCUGUGUGUGUGUGUGUGUGUGUGUGUGUGUGUGUGUCUGUGUGUGUAAACACGUGUAAGUUUGUCAAGAAGCCACAUUCACACAAACACACACAUGGACACACACAGUUCACAGCUUGGUGUGGCGUCGCUGUGACAAAGUGUGUUUGUGACAUGAUAAACCAGCACGUGAUCAAAUUUUGGGGAAACAUCAGAUGGCUUUCGCUCUCUCGCCACGUCAUGAAGUGAAUAAAGAAAAAAAAAAAAAAACCCUGUAUCUUCGACUAUUGAUAGAAAAUUAUUUUUUUCAUUCCUGUAGCUGUUAGGAACAAAUCUUGCGUCUAAAAACGUGUAUUUUUAGGACUUGAACGACCAGUGUGUGGGAUUUAGUGGCAUCUAGUGGUGAGGUUGUAGAUUGCAACCAGCUGAAGACCCCUCCCCUCCCCUCACCCCUCCCUCUCCAAGCGUGUAGGAGAACCUGCGGUGGCCUUCAGGUAGCGAAAUACGGCCCUCUGUAGAUCCCAGUGUUUGGUUUGUCCAUCCUGGGCUACUGUAGAAACAUGGCGGGCAACCCCCUGUGUAGAUAUGAAGGGCUUAUUCUAAGAUAACGAAAACACAGUGAUUCUUAGUUUCAGGUGAUUAUACAUUAAUGAAAACAUGAUUAUGAAUAUUAUCAACUAUAGAUCCGAAUGAAUCCUACACACUGGUUCUGGGGAAAUUAUUUCUCAGAUUCAGCGAGUGUGUGUGUGUGCGUGUGCGUGUGCGUGUGUGUGUGUGUGUACUCUUGCUUUUUGGAGUGUGUGUGUUUCUGUACUUUGUAUGAUUGUCUGUACUGUGUGUGUGUCUGUGUGUCAGUUUGAAGCAUGAUUACUGGUCUGGUAGAAAUAUAUGAAUUUAAAUGUCAGUACUGUGGUCAUCUGGUUUUAAAAAGGUUCAAAUAGAUUUCCAAAACCUAUUAGCACAUUUUCUACAGAGUAGACAGUAGUUAGUCUUUUUGACUUUAUAUCAGACCUAUUUCCUGUUUCCUUAUUCCUUUGUUCCUCAUUUAUUUCUCCAGUCGUGUUACCUGUAUAAACUGUAGAGCAUAUGCGUUUAUUGUCUUUGCUCAAAGCACAAAAUCUCCACGAAGACAUCAAUGAGGAAACAGUGAGCUGAUCUGACCAUAAAUGUACUGUGUGAUCUGUGUAUAAACUGUACUGUCCAGCCCUCCUGUUGCUUCAUGUAGGUGAUAAAGAAGUUGUUAAGAACCCUAUUUGUCCAAGUUAAAGUUUUACUGUUUGCGAAGAAAAGGGAAACUUGGAGGAAGAUUGGGGAAUGUAGCAGAACUCUUUUAAAGAUCAAUUCAUCCUCAAAUCAUCAUCGGCCUUGUCACGUCUCCUGCGUCCAUGUCCUCAUUUUCUUGUGCGGUUUCUCUGUUACUUGAUUUCUGCCUCAUCAUUUCCAUUCUGAAACGUUGCAGUCAGUGAGGACCUGAGUGCGCUGAUCUGUUGUUAAUCGAGGGCAUUUAUUACACAGAUCAAACAGAAAAUCUGUAACUGAACUGUCUUUUGAUGCCUCUAAAUUGUAAUAUGCACACUUGGCUUUCUAUCUUCUGACUCAAACAGUAUAAUUCUCUGUCUUAUUUCCAGCAUAUAUCUGCACAUGCUGUCUGAUGAUGAUGAUGAUGUGCAUCAGUCUGAUGCACUUUAAAACCAGUUUAGUUUCUGUGAUUCUGCUUAAACUGCAGUGAACUCCACCCGUCUGUUACAGCAAGUGUGUUCAAACAAACACUGCAAAUCAUUUGCAAAAAAAUAUCUGUACUUCUUACAGAUCUGAUUGAAAGGAAAUUACUUGAAUGCACCUGUUUGAUUCAGAUUGUCACCUGAAGUGAUUCAAAUCUGAAUGACUGUUUUUGUUUUGGGCCUGUACAAGUUGCUGAUUGUGAGUUACAGGGAAUAAAAGGUUGAGAGACAAAAUUAGCAAAUGUGCUAAAAGUCGUGAAAUGGGACAGGAGGGGGAGUCCAGUCGGCUCAGAUUAACUUGAAUGUUAUGUCAAAAAUGUAACACAGAUUUGUAGAGCAGAUUUAUUUAUGAUCGAUUGUGACUCGUGUACAAAUUAUUUUGAUUCAAAUGUUGGUGUGACUGAACAAAAGUAAAAUAAAUAAAGAUUUAUG